AGACAGCAAGGGCAGAGACGUCGACCAGGCCACCAUCCCCACUGUUACCACCAUGAAGCUGCUUGCCUUGGCUGUGCUUCUCCUCGCCGUCUGUAGCCUUGAAGGGGCUUUUGUUCGGAGACAGGCGGAGGAGCCAAAUCUGCAGAGCCUGGUCGCUCAGUACUUCCAGACCAUGACCGACUACGGCAAGGACCUGGUGGAGAAGGCCAAGGGCCCAGAGCUUCAGGCCCAGGCCAAGGCUUACUUUGAGAAGACGCAGGAGCAGCUAACACCCCUGGUCAAGAAGGCCGGAACCGACCUGAUUAACUUCUUGAGCAAUUUCAUGGACCUCAGAACACAGCCUGCCACCCAGUGAGGCGUCCAGACCAUUGUCUUCCCUCCCCUGCUGGCCCCUAGAACCCCCACUGGCCAGGUCUGGAGCCCUCUCCCAACAUGCUCCUUGUUUUCUACAAUAAAUACCGAAGGAGUCA